AUGAAUUCGUCAAGUAGUCAACAAAGUUCGUCAACGGUUGAAUCUACUCAAUCGUCAGUGAGGCUGAAAAGUGAUCCGGCAUGGGCUCACUUUAAAGAGGAAGUGAAUAAGGAAGGAAAGAAAAUAUGGACGUGCUUACAUUGUAAUAAUGUCUAUAAAGGCGGAGGAAUUAAUAGAAUGAAAAAGCAUCUAGCCGGUAGAAGAGGGGAAAUUGCUCCAUGUAAGAAAGUUCCUUAUGAUACCCGAUAUCAAAUUGAACAGUUUUUGAAGGAGCUUGAUAAAAAAAGUGAAGAAACAAAUUAUGUUGAGGAUGACAGUCAAUAUGAUCCUACAAUUGACCUUGGGGAAGAAAUAGCACCAACAAUAGAAAAGAGCAAGGAGAUGAUACCUGGAUGUGCAGCUUCUCAAAAUGGAAAAAGAAAGCGAAAUGACAAGAUGAGUACUUUUUUUGCACCUAGAACCGUUUCGGGUGCACAACCUUCUAUCAAAAGCGCACUUGCAACCAAAGAAGCCUUGCACAAUGUUGAUAUGGCUGUUGCUUGGUUUACUGCAAGAGAGGAACGACAUUUGUUAGCUGCGGGAAACGCGCUUAAUCGUAAGUAUCCCUCUAUUAGUUGGUCUCCAUGUGCUGCACAUUGCUUGAACUUGCUUCUUGGUGACAUUGGCAAAAUGGAGCUUAUUACUAACCUUGCAAAUCGAGCUUCUUUGGUAACAAAAUUUAUAUACAAUCAUGCAUUUUUAUUAGCUUGGCUAAGGAAGAGAGAAGGAUGGACAGAAAUCGUACGUCCGGGGCCAACUAGGUUUGCAACCACAUUCAUUGCGUUGAAGAGUAUCCUCGAACACCAACAUGAUCUUCAAGCAUUUUUCACUAGCAAAACAUUUAAAGACUCUCGUUACUACAAAGAUAAGAAAGCAGUUUCUGUUACUUUAAUUAUCAUUGAUAGCAAAUUUUGGAGUGAUUGUGAAAUGGUUGUUGGUGUUGUUGCUCCACUUAUACGUUUACUGCGAAUAAUGGAUACCGAUAGAAGGCCUUCAAUUGGCUAUGUUUAUGAUGGAAUGUAUAGGGCGAAAAAGGCAAUCAAACGUAUACUUAAGAAUAGGAAGACAUUAUACAAGCCCUAUACAACAAUCAUAAAAGCAAGAUGGGAUAAGCAACUUCGAAGAGAUAUUCAUGCGGCGGCUUAUCUUUUGAAUCCAGCUUUUGCAUAUGAUAAUGUCAAUUUUUGUAAAAAAAAGGAGGUAAUGGAAGGUUUCGUUGAGACGGUCACUAUUUUGAUUAAGGACAAAUCUGCUCAAAAAAAAUGCAUUGAUGAAGUGGCUAUCUAUCAAGAUCGAUUAGAAGGUUUUGGUCGACAACUUGCUUUGGAUUCAUCCAAGACUAUGCAACCAGAUGAAUGGUGGAGGAUUUUUGGAUGUAGUGCUCCAACUAUUCAAUCUUUGGCUAUAAAAAUUUUGAGUCAAACUUCUUCUUCAUCCGGAUGUGAACGGAAUUGGAGUGUAUUUGAAAGAAUACACACCAAAAAAAGAAAUAGAUUGGAACACAAAAGAUUAAAUGAUCUUGUAUUUGUUUAUUACAACUUACGUUUAAAAGAAAGCCUUGAGCGUCAAAAUAAAUAUAAUGAUCCUAUUGACUAUGAAAGUAUUGAUAAAACUGAUUUUUGGAUCAUGGAUGAUGAAGAUGACACUCCUUUACUAGAUAUGAAUGAGAUAAACAACAUACUAUAUGGUGAUGAUGGACUUCCAAAAAACAUUUGUGAUGAAGAUGUGGACAAACUUAUGAAUGAAAUGCAAGAAUUAAUUCAACUAGAAGAUAUUGGCGAUGAAGAUGAUGGUGAGUGGGAUCGAGAAAUGAGAGCCUUCGUGCAACAAAAAGAUUAA